UUCAAGAUAUAAAGGGAGUAUACGAGUGUCAGCCAACCUCCCGUUUGGUGACAUUGUUUGAUAACUUGAGCUUCAGAGAGAGGCAUGAUAAUCCAAUCAUGCAGCAGCUAUCUGAUGUUCCACGUGAUGAGAGAACUUUGUUUGUAACAUUUUCCAAUGGCUACCCACUGACCAAAGAUGAACUGCACGAUUUUUUCAUGAGGCACUAUGGAGAUGUUGAAGAGAUAACUGUAGAAGAGCCAAUUGGAAACAAACAACCCUUAUACGCACACGUUAUAUUUUACUCACAGGUGACGCUCUUCCGUGUCCUUGAUGGGAACUUGAGAGUCAAGUUCAUGACGAGGGGAAAACAUCUGUGGGCUCGUCAGUAUGUGCCUAAGAAAAAGAAUACUAAAUCAUGAUGAGCUAAAUCCGAAUCGUUAGUAUUGAUAUCCUAUCCCAAGCAUCUCUGAAGCAUUGGAAAAAAAAUCUACUUCUAUAAUUACUCUUGUGCAGUCUGCACCUUACUACUCUUUUGUAAUCUAGAUUUAUGGCCAUUGUUCUGAACU